AUGAGCCGCAUCCCCCUCCCAACACAGCCCAGCCUCACCAUGGGACCACCCCCCAGGGCCACACGCCCCAACAGCAUCUACUCCGACGAGAACACCGCCACCAGCCCCUCCGCACACCGCAACACAUCCUUCCAGAGCUCGCUCAGCGAAACCAGGCAGCGCCAGGGACGCAAGGACGAAGCCAUCAGGAAAAAAAUAGAAAACGAACUGCAGCGCAAGCGCCCCGGCCAGAAACGCACCACCCAGCACGCCGGCGGACCCCGCCCGAAGCGACAGCCCGGCACAGUCUCAGCACUCCGCCCGCUCCCAGCACUCACCGUGCCCGACAACAUCACCGUCGCAGAUGCCUCCCAGCUCUGUGCCGCCAAACGGACCGACUGCGUGCUCGUAGUCGACGAGGACGAACAUCUCUGCGGGAUAUUCACCGCCAAAGACCUCGCCUUCAGGGUCAUCGCAGACGGAAUGGAUCCCCGCACAACCCCCGUCUCGGCGAUCAUGACCCGCAACCCGAUGGUCACCAUCGACACCACCUCGGCCACCGAAGCACUCACCACCAUGGUCACCAGAGGAUUCAGGCACUUGCCGGUCUGCAACGACGAGGGAGACGUCAUCGGACUGCUGGAUAUCACCAAAGUGUUUCACGAGUCGCUCGAGAAGCUUGAGCGCGCCUACGGCUCCUCCCAGAAGCUCUACAACGCCAUCGAAGGCGUCCAGUCCGAGUUCGGCAACGCCACAACGCGCGGGGCCACCCCGGGCGCGGUGAACCCGCUGAUGGCCUACGUCGAGGCCCUCCGGAACAAGAUGUCCUUCCCCGACCUCGGCUCCAUCCUCGAUGCCCGGACGAGCGCGGCGACGGUGGGCGUCAAGACGAGCGUCAAGGAGGCCGCCGUCCUCAUGCGCGAACACCACACCACCGCCGUCUGUGUGAUGGAGAACGACGGCAGGCGGAUCGCCGGGAUCUUCACCAGCAAGGAUAUCGUCCUCAGGGUCAUCGCCGCCGGGCUCGAUGCCCGCACCUGCAGCGUCGUCCGCGUCAUGACCCCUCACCCCGACACGGCCCUUCCAAGCUUGAGCAUUCAGGAAGCCCUGCGCAAAAUGCAUGAUGGCCACUACCUCAACCUUCCUGUUGUCGACGAGGCUGGACAGCUGCAAGGCUGUGUGGACGUGCUCAAGCUGACGUACGCGACUCUGGAACAAGUCAACUCGAUCAGCUCCGAGGUGACCAACGACGACUCGGGGGGCCCGGUGUGGAACCGGUUCUUUGCCUCGUUUGGCCAAGCGGGCUCGGUGGACGAAGACAGCACGUCGAUCGUCUCGGGCUCGCAGCUCGGCGGCCCAAGCGAGGCCGGCCCGCACACGCCGCUCAACCGCCACAAGACGGCGCACGACGGCCAGCAUGCGGGGCUCGAGACGCCGGGCUCGGAGCUGGCGCCGAACGACUCGGCCUCGGUCGUCCAGGAGGACUACGAGUCCGCGCUCGCCGGCCGCAGCACGCUCCAGAGCGUCGCCAGCAGCCAGCAGUACCCCGGCAUGCUCCCCUCGGACUACGACGAUGGCACCUACCUCUUCAAGUUCAUCGCCCCCUCGGGCUCCGCCCAUCGCUUCCAGGCCCGCUACGACUCGUACGAGUUCGUCCGGGAGAUCAUCGUCGGCAAGAUCGAGUCCGACCCGUUCAUCGCCGACCAUCCGAGCAGCUCGACCACCGUCAAGCCGGACCCUCACGACUUCCAACUGGCCUACCUCGACGACGAGAACGACCUGGUGCUGAUGACCUCGGACAGGGACGUGACGGAUGCGGUGAACCAGGCCAAGAAACAACGCAAGGACCGCGUCGUCCUCCAUCUCCGAGGGGGGAAGAGCUGGGGCGACUCGGAGCUGUCCAAGAAGAAGGCCGCCGAGGUGCACUCGUCCACCCGUCUCAAAGCCGUCACCGAGGCUGAAGAGAUCGAGCACGACGAGCUCGAGGAACGUCACUCCCAGACCGGCGCCUCCAGAUCUCUCAGGAAACUGACACCCGCGAAUCAGAUCCCCCCCGCCGACCCGACCCUCCCCCUCAGCAUCCCCAAGGAAUUCAUCCUCCCCGCCGCCAUAGGCUUCCUCGGCGUCGUCAUCCUCGGCGUCUUCCUGGCCAGCAAGCCCGGCCAUUGA